GGCCCAAUGGGAGCAGGGCGCUGCGGCCGGGCCCGGGCGCAGGCGGCGGCGGCGGCGGCGGCGGCGGCGGCGGGCGCGGAGCGGUUGGGCCGCAGCGCUCACCAUGCCCUACAAGCUGAAGAAGGAGAAGGAAUCUCCGAAGUCUACCAAAAACACCACAAAGCCCGGCAGCAGCAGUAGCGGGAAGGAUGGUGGGGCAGAGAAUUCGGAAGAGGCCCAGCAGCCUCAGCAGCAGCCACAGCAGCAGCAGACAACUGCAAAUAAGCGACCCAGUAACAGCGCUCCCCCACCAACCCAGCUGAAUAAGAUUAAGUACUCAGGGGGACCCCAGAUUGUGAAGAAGGAGCGCCGGCACAGCUCUUCUCGCUUCAAUCUGAGCAAAAACCGGGAACUGCAAAAGCUUCCAGCCCUUAAAGAUGCUCCUCCACACGAACGAGAAGAGCUUUUCAUCCAGAAGCUGCGGCAGUGCUGCGUGCUUUUUGACUUCAUCUCUGACCCCCUCAGUGACCUGAAGUUCAAGGAGGUGAAGCGAGCAGGUCUCAACGAAAUGGUGGAAUACAUCACGCACAACCGUGAUGUUGUCACUGAGGCUAUCUAUCCUGAAGCUGUCAUCAUGUUUUCAGUGAACCUCUUCCGGACGCUCCCGCCGUCCUCCAAUCCCACAGGCGCGGAGUUUGACCCCGAGGAAGAUGAGCCUACAUUAGAGGCUGCCUGGCCGCACCUUCAGCUGGUGUAUGAGUUCUUCCUCCGGUUCCUGGAAUCGCCUGACUUUCAACCAAACGUAGCCAAGAAAUACAUUGACCAGAAGUUUGUGCUGUCUCUGCUGGAUCUCUUUGACAGUGAAGACCCCAGAGAACGAGACUUCCUAAAAACUAUUCUACACAGGAUCUACGGGAAGUUCCUGGGUCUGCGAGCAUACGUGAGGCGGCAAAUCAACAAUAUAUUUUACAGGUUCAUCUAUGAGACAGAGCAUCACAAUGGGAUUGCAGAACUGCUGGAGAUCCUGGGAAGUAUAAUCAAUGGGUUUGCUUUGCCUCUGAAGGAAGAGCACAAGAUGUUCCUCAUCAGAGUCUUGUUACCACUGCACAAGGUGAAGUCUCUCAGUGUCUACCACCCACAGUUGGCAUACUGCGUUGUUCAGUUCUUGGAGAAAGACAGCAGCUUGACAGAGCCCGUGAUUGUGGGCUUGCUGAAGUUCUGGCCGAAAACUCACAGUCCCAAGGAGGUGAUGUUUUUAAAUGAGCUGGAGGAGAUCCUGGACGUGAUUGAGCCAUCGGAGUUUGUGAAAGUUAUGGAGCCCUUGUUCAGGCAGUUGGCCAAGUGUGUCUCCAGCCCACACUUCCAGGUGGCAGAGCGAGCGCUGUACUAUUGGAACAACGAAUAUAUCAUGAGCCUGAUCAGCGAUAACGCAGCCAAAAUUCUCCCGAUCAUGUUUCCAGCGCUCUACAAGAACUCCAAGAGCCACUGGAACAAGACAAUCCAUGGGCUGAUCUACAAUGCACUGAAGCUCUUCAUGGAGAUGAACCAAAAGCUUUUUGAUGAUUGCACGCAACAAUACAAGGCAGAGAAGCAGAAGGGAAGGUUCAGGAUGAAGGAACGAGAAGAAAUGUGGCAGAAAAUAGAGGAGCUGGCCCGGCUGAACCCCCAGUACCCCAUGUAUUAUGCCCCUCUGCCGUUGCCUCCUGUCUGCUGCAUGGAAACGGAGACCCCAACUGCGGAGGAUAUACAGUUGCUGAAGAAAACAGUGGAGACAGAAGCUGUGCAGAUGCUGAAAGACAUUAAGAAAGAGAAAGUUUUGCUGCGCCGGAAAUCUGAGCUUCCUCAGGACGUCUACACUAUAAAAGCCCUGGAGGCCCACAAGAGAGCAGAAGAGUUUCUCACCUCAAGCCAGGAGGCUCUCUGACGGGCUCAGGAGCUGGCCCAGGAAGCGCUGCCCCAUCCCUUUCCCCCAGGGGUCAUGAAAAUGCACUCGGUUCUCAUGUAUAAAUAGGGAAUGAACAUGGUGAGCUGUGCCUGUCCUCCGCUCCCUCUGCAUCCCUCCAGGGUAGAUCUGGUUUUACGUUAUAACUUGUAUCUCACCACUGUCACGUCCUCCCGCUUUUCCUCAUCCCUCCUGCUUUUCCACCUUGGGUGUGGGUGUGUGAAGGGAGCCUCCCUGACCUGCCGUUCUAUCAGCCCAGGCAGGAGUUGCUUCAUUUACAGCUGCCGCCUGGUUCUUGCUCUGCCUGGGAGCCGGGGCCUUGCUGCCCUGCAACACAGGCUCAGCGCUGGCCAGAGACGGCUGCACGUGGUUCAGCAUGCUGCUGCAAGCCCCAGGUGCCCGGCCCUGCCCUGCCUGCCCCCGCGCCGCUCGGGCAGCCGAGCCCCACGGGGCGGCCAGAGGUCGGGCUGAGCUCCGGGCAGGAGCGUGCGGCAGAAUUCCCGGGGCCUCUCCUGCCUCUCGGCCCUGCCGUGGGCUGCAGCUCUGCAGCUGGAGGGUCUCGCCUACAGCAGAGGAGAUGUUCGCUCCCAUCUUUUGUUUCAAGCCCCUUGUUCUGUUCCCCUGUCGGUGGGGUUGGGGGUUCAGUGCUUCACUACCCCCAGUAAAGCUGGGCGUGAGCACUGCACACCACCGCAGCCCUCCCUGCAGAGCGUCCUUAGACGCUCUCCUGUGGGAAAGUGAAUUCUUUCAGCUGUUUGUGUUGGUCCGUGCUGCCUCGUCUCCAUCCUGGUGUCUUGGGUUAAUCGUGGGCCCAGAAUUAACUUCCCGCUUUGUGGCAGGUGUCAGCCAACUGACCCCUGCUUUCUUCCUCUGCCUGCUCAAUUAAAAUACUCCUGCAGCAUUCCCUUUGUCGCUGUAUCCCAUCCUUAGCUCUGCAGUGGCCAGGGUUUCUAGGAAGCUUGUGCUGCUGAAGUAAUUUCUGCAAACUGGCGGAAGCAACGGACACGCGUUACGGGGCCAGGCUGCGUUUCUGACUGUGCAGUUGUCUCCUCCGUCUGAUCAAUGGCUGCGUGCUGCUGCCCAGUUGUUUCCCUGGGUGCUCUGAGCAAAGUUGGCCUCACCCCAUCCCUUUGGCACCUGCUGUGGCCCGAGGCCCUUGUUAAUUAACAUCAGGGACUUGUGCUAAUUCAGAGUGCACUCGCCGAUAGCCCAGGGGGUUGCGCAGCACUUGGGUGCUACUGUGGUCCAGCUUUUUCCCCUGCAUUUUUGUGACCUCGGAGAGGCUGGUUUGUGAUAGACUAGGGAGUCUUCCUUGCUUUUUGCCUGCUGCGCUCACUUUUCUCAACACAUAAGCUUAAGUGGGGGUUGCAAUAGCGCAGGGAGCUGAUGGGGCCGGUGCUAAUCUGACACUGCUUUGCAGCAUCCUGGGGUGUUGCAGAAGGUCCUGCUGUAUCUGUCCUCACCAGUAAACCGUUCCCAGGUCAGAGGCUCGUCCCCUCUAACCUUACUACUGGCGUGCAGCACAUCUCUCCUCCAACCCAAACUACGCUGGUUUUCUUCCUGUGUGUCCUGUACCCCCUGCCCUGUUCAGCUCUCUUUCGGUUCGGCCCACACGAGGCAUGCCACCACCUCUGCGGAGCAGCUGGCAAGCGUGAGUAGGUGUGGUGAGAUCACCCACGGUCACGCAGGACCCCGCCUCCCCUCCGCUUCACGCGACGGGCCAGUUCAUCAGGAGACUUAGGAAAACACAACCUCAGGGAGGUUACCGCGUAUUUUGAACGUUAGUCCGAGCUCGUGGUCAGCUGCCAAACAAUUACCUCAUGCCUGGCACAGCCUGUAGACGUGCGCUGGGUGGUGCUGGAUGGCGCCCCGGGAGCAGCAGGCACCCCGGGGCACGGCGGAGACGAGGGCUGCCGCGUGCCACCCGCAGCAGGGCUCGGGCCGGGGGGGAGGCUCGCCCUCCCCGUUGCACUACGGGCUCUGCGACUCGCCCGCUUAGCCUUGCGUUAGGAGGCGUCACCUCGUUUUUUAGAGCGCUACAGCACGCGCGCGCGCCCUCGCGGGGAGCCUGCUUGCUGCUGGGCAGUAGCCGCCCUUCCCCGCUGCAGGAUCUUUCUGCCCACAGAGAAAAGAGUUCUGGGGUGGGGUGGGGGGCUGUCACUCUCCUGCAGCUCCUCUCUGUGCUGGCAGUCCCCGAAGGAGUUGUGCCACGCGCAGGACGGAGGCGUCGCGACUCUGUGCUGCGCAGCUUCGAUGUUCUCAUAGCUUUGUGUGUCUCGUUCUGGGUCAGGGAACUUAAGCUUUAGUACCUUCACGUUGCCGUUAGUUUGCUGCCUAUUCAUUCCAGGGUCCUGGACAUCUAAGAAGGGGACCAUGUGAGAAAAGGGGGGGGGGGUGUGGGGGUGUGGGUGCGUUCACCCUCUCUGCCGUACGUACCGCUCAUACGCAGACCUGUGUCUGCCACGCUACAGCUGCCCCUUGCUCACUCGGUUUCUAGCAUUAGUGCUGCUCAUUUCUGCCUCUGCCUUUCCCCACAUCAGCCAAAUGGACAGAACUGGAGCUGCCUCUUCCACUUCACCUGGCUCCCUCUGCCCGAGGGAACAAGCAAAACUUAACUACUGCAUUCACCCCCUGGACACAAGUAUUAAGCUGCUUACAGUUCAUAUGUACAUAUGGUGUACUUUAUUUUCAGUAGAGCAUUACAUAGUAUGAAAGUGUUGGAUUUUGUACAGAUGUCCCUGUAUGUACAGAACUAAAUAAAACCGAUCUCUUGGAAAGACA